AAAAGUCUGUAGAGUAUUUGUUUCAGAAUCUUGUAUAAUCCUAAUCCAUUACAGAUCCUUUCAGUGUCUUAAGUGUCACGUGGUGUAACACAGUCAUACAGUUUUGUAAAUAAACCAAUCUGUGCUUUGUCCGGAUACCCAGAUACAGUUUAUAGGAGACAUUGGGCUCAUUAAUUAUGAUUAUUUCAGGGCCAUACUGGAUUUAUCCCUUCCAGAUACAUAGAUAUCAUUAUGUGGGACUGGAUGCAGAGAAAAGAACAGGGUUGUACUAAGCCUCAAGCUGGAACUCUGUUUAUCCUACACUCACCAAAAGAAUGCAAAAAAAUAUGCACCAUUAACUGACUAAUUGUAUGCCAAGGUGUGCAUCAUGGGAUGUGGGACAUCCACUAGCUCAACCUCCAAGAAUCAAUCCAUACGCAAGACUAGGAAAGCUCACUCUCUCACACCAGCAGCUUCAAUGGCUCCCGCUGGAACAGGCUCAAUGGCUCCUGCUGGAACAGCUUUCAAAUCAGCAGUGUUAAUACAACGUUGGUACCGUCGAUAUGCGGCCCAGUUGGAAGUAAGGAGGAGAUGCACCUGGAGUAUCUUUCAAUCUAUAGAAUAUACUGGAGAGCAGGACCAAAUCAAGCUUUAUGACUUUUUCAAUUUCCUAAUGGAUCACUUUGCUUCAGACAACAGCAAGGAAAGGGAUUUCAUCUGCCGCAUGUUCACUGAGGAGGAAAACCUAAAAGACACUGAGCUAGAAAAAUACUGUGAGUACGAAUCAAUUGAAGUGCCACUGUCAUACACAGGUCCACGACUGACAUUUCCUUUAAAGCCUAGCCAUGCAUCGGCCUUAGUGGAAGCAUUCAAACAGAAGCAACAGCUCCAUGCACGGUAUGUGUUACAUCUUUUACACGAGACAAGAAAACAUCUUAAAUUGCUGCCAAAUAUCAAACGUGUUACCACCAGUUACAGCAAGGAGAUCACCAUAUGUGGGGACCUACAUGGCAGACUGGAUGAUUUGUUUCUGAUAUUUUACAAGAAUGGUCUCCCAUCACCAGAGAAGCCUUAUAUAUUCAAUGGGGACUUUGUGGACAGAGGAAAGCAGUCUAUAGAGGUCUUGAUGAUCCUUUUUGCAUUCUUACUGGUUUACCCCAAGGUUGUCCAUUUGAACAGAGGAAAUCAUGAAGACUAUAUGGUUAACUUAAGAUAUGGAUUCACAAAGGAAGUAAUGAAAAAAUAUAAGGUUCAUGGGAAGAAGAUCCUGAAAAUGCUACAAAAUGUUUUCAGCUGGCUUCCAUUAGCAACAGUAAUAGACCAAAAAAUUCUGAUUACACAUGGAGGAGUGUCUGAUUCUACAGAUUUAGAGAUCUUAUCAAAAAUCGAACGACACAAGUUUGCAUCUACCUUACGGCUUCGAAAAAAGAAAGAAAAAUCUAAUGAUAGACAGAAGAUAAAGGACAAGUCUUGUCAGGAAGCAUUUACAAAUGGAGAGAACACCUUAUCAGUAGAGACAACUUGGCCCGUGCAGCCAAGAAGUGGUUCAUUCUCAUACAGUGCCACUCCAAGCCUCCUGCCUGCCUAUAAGGGCAAACGAUCUGCUAGCAGCCCGACUAACAUGUCAAUUGACAGAAAGGAGAUCUCCAAACGAGUGCGGGAAUCCGUGGAUAAAGAGCUGGUAAAAUGUCGCAGACAAGUGGGUUUUACAGAGACCUAUAUAGAGCCUAAUAGUCCAGUGUCUGUGUCUGAAUCAGAAUCUGAUCCUGGAGAAACACAGGAAUAUGACAUGGAUAAUGAAGAAAGAAAGCAGAUUGUUGACAUUCUUUGGAGUGACCCCAUGGCCCAAGAAGGUUGUAAAUCUAACAAUGUUCGUGGUGGGGGGUGUUACUUUGGUCCAGAUGUCACAGAAAAAAUUCUUAAAAAACAUGGGUUGCAAAUGUUAAUCAGAUCUCAUGAGUGUAAGCAGGAAGGAUAUGAGUUUUGUCACAAUGGAAAGGUGCUGACAAUAUUUUCAGCUUCAAAUUAUUAUGAAGUGGGCAGUAACAAAGGGGCAUAUGUUAAGCUGGGGCCCAAUCUGGUUCCACAUUUUGUGCAGUACCAAGCAAACAAAACUACAAAUACCCUAACGUUGAGGCAAAGGGUAAGUACAGUGGAAGCUUCUGCGCUGAGGGCCUUAAGGGAAAAGCUCUUUGCUCAUAAGUCAGAUCUCAUUAUUGAAUUCAGAAGAUUUGACAAAAAUAAGUCUGGAUAUAUUACACUAAAUGACUGGGCAACUGCACUCGAGUCCGUCCUUAAUCUAGGCCUGCCUUGGAGAAUGCUUAGGCAACAACUGGUCCGAAAUGCUACAGAUGGACUGUUAAGAUAUCGAGAGUGGUUUGAUGAACUUGCUGUGUGCCAACCAAUCAAAGAGAAUUUACAUUCAAGUCUCCUUGAGGCUCUAUAUAGAAACAGAUCAGACUUGGAAACAAUAUUUCGGAUAAUUGACAGUGACAGCUCAGGACUCAUCUCAUUUGAGGAAUUCAAACACACGUGGAAGCUGCUGAGCUCUCACUUAAAUAUAGAUGUCAGUGAUGAAGCGAUCUGUAACCUGGCUAAGAGCAUUGACUUCAAUAAGGAUGGUAACAUAGACAUCAAUGAAUUCCUGGAAGCUUUCCGUUUGGCUGACAGACCACAUUUUGAAGACAGAGAAUCAGAUUUUGGAUAAAAAAACAAAAACUAAAAACCAUUCAGAACAGAGACAAACUUGAUGGACUAUGACAAAUACAACCCCCAUUUCCCUACUCAUCAGAAAAAGACUGGGACAACUUUAGGCAGUGUCAGUCACUCACAUAAGAUUUCAAACUUUGAGACUAGAUGGUCACAAUAUCAAACCAUUUAGAAAUAUGUAAAUAUACUGUAUGUUUCUACUUGAUCAUAUUUAUAUACAUAUUUACUUUAUAGUAAUUCAGUACUCAAACUUCUUGUGAAAGAUAAUCUAACUAAAGAUUCUAAAAGACAUAAAUGUCAAUAAAAAUGAAUGUCACUGGUGGGAUGGACAGAAGCCGCCGGAGACCACCAAAAAUGACUAGUGGUUCAAGCAGCAUGAGUGAGGACAGGUUCCCUUCAAUGAUUUCCUAUCACUCCAAAUUUUGGGGUAUUUUCUUUUGUGGAGGCGUUACCUGACUUGGUUCACACUGAUGUAAUACGGACACAUUUUUUCAUUCAUAAUCCAAAUCGUACCACAGUCUAAGGACCGGAACUGACGUCUGUCACUAUUAUGUUGGUGAGAACCCAGCUUAA